AUGGUCAACAAGUUCACUAUCGUCAUCAACAACAGAUCGGGCAGUUCCCAGAACUACACCCUCUUCACAGAAAAGCCCGAGGUCACCGGUAUCUCCAAGUCUAGCAUCUGGACCAAUGCCUACCAAACCGCCGAUGGCACACCUGAUGGUGCCACCGCCGAGUUUGAGUUGUGGAAGAACUACUACGCCAUAGUCGGCAAGUGGAAGGGCGGUGCAAAGGACGGCGCCAAGGCGUUCGUCUCCCAAGCUCAGCCUGUCACACUCGGCUCUACGGCUGGCGACGGUAGUCUGGUUUCUGGAACUACUCUCAGCAUCUCUGUUGCCAAUGGAAAUGCAUCUAUUGAUAGAGCUGCCAACAACGACACUGCCCGCUCUGGUGCUUUUGAAGUUGAUACUAAGAACGACUUUACCCUCGAGAUCGCCACUGAGAACAAUAUCUUUGUUGGUGUCGCCAGUUCUCCUGAUGGUAACGACCGCGUAGCAACCGCUACAUUCAGGCCUGAGCCUGGCAAUCAGUACCAAAUCCAGCCCUCCAACGUCUUCUACGUCGCAACUGGUCCCAGCUUCCAGACUGGACAGCUCUUGGAUCCCGCCAAGCUUGGAAGGCAGCCAAUUAAGAUUGACUUUAAUGUUCGCUCACCUGUUGUCACUAUUAACCAUACUCCCGAUGGCCAGCUUGUCGUCGCCAAGUAG